AUGACUAUCCACCACCGUAAGAGAGAGUGGGCAGAUAUUAUGUUCAAAGGAGCUGUUAUGCAGCACCCAGUUCAGCAAGAUGGAAAUAGCUGUGGUGUGAUGGUCACUAUGAUGGCAAAGGCAGUCAUGGAGGCAUUUCCUAAAUUACCUAACAUGGAAUUUGGGACUACUACAGAAGAGAUGGCACAGGAACGCACAGCUUUGGCACUUGAAAUACUUGAAGCUUCAGUGUUUGACGCAGAGAACAAUUGUUCCAUGUGUUCACGACGCGAACCACCAAGUCCGGAGCCUUCCAUUACUGGCUGGAUUCGGUGCGACAGCUGUAACCGGUGGUUUCAUGCACUGUGUGUGGAGAUGGACACAACACAAUAUAGCAGAUCAAAUAGGACUCACCUUCUGUGUGCUGAAGCUUUCCUAAGUCUUGUCAGCUGUGGCUGGUCUACACAUCACUUUAAGCUUUUGUAG